UUUGGAGGGGUGAUGUCACAAGUGGUUGACGGUGAAGCCUAUAUCUGUGUGAGAGUGUGUGUGUGACAGUCUAAGAAACCACUGACAGUAGCAGUGUCUGUCUUUGGAACCACUGACGAUUGGGUUUAACUACUGAGGGGAUCCCGUGUGCACGAUGUAUUACCUGAAGCUGCCCGUGUUCCUUCUCGUGCCUCUCGUGCUGCUGCCAUGUGUCGCCACCCUCCCUAGCAACAGGUACUUCACCUCAUCUAGGGAGCAAGAAAGCGCGCUACCGGACAGAGAAGGCUGGCUCGUGCCCGGGAUCGUCUCCAACCACUACCUCGGCCUCAUUGGCGCGCGGCUCCAGAGAGGGCUCACAUCUGUCAACAGCCACCACAUAGAGAAAAGGAAGUGCAACACGGCUACCUGUGUAACCCAGCGACUGGCCGACUUCCUGACCCGCUCCAGCAACACCAUCGGCACGGUGUACGCCCCCACCAACGUAGGCUCCAGCGCCUACGGGAAACGGGAUCUACUGCAGCCUCCCAGCUAUAUGCCUCUCUAGUGACGCAUGGGUUCAAAGCCCACUGAUGUAGGAUAUGCUCAGCUGAAAUGACCACACCACCAUGUAAACAACAAGGAUGGUUAUGUAUCAUUAACUUGAGUUUUUGUUUCUUUUAUGAACUUCAGAAAAAAAACAGUGCCUUUUGGUAUAGAAUAAUAAAGAAGUAUGUGUUACACAAAUCAAACUAGAGGCUGAUGAGAUACUAGUCUCUGUUCUGCGAGCCCAACUGGUUCAACUCAACACUAACCCCACCAUGGCAUGUAAAUUAAAAACAAGUCAAAGGUAAACGGGUGCAUAAGGCAUAUAAAAUACAAGUUUUGUCCUUCUGUUUGACUGUUGUGUAGGUUAUUUGUUUUUGUAAUAAAGUUGAAAGAUUUUUAAAAGUC